AUGGUGCAACGAAACUACGUCAUCGCCAUCAUCAUCAUCGUCCUCUUCGCCGUCCUCGCUGGAGUAUCAUUUGGCAUCUGGAAGAUGAUCCACAUGGUGCGACAGGGCUGGAGCGCCACGUCUGGCACCGGCUCCAGCUCCAGCUCCAGCUCGAGUAGAGAAAUCGUCGACUAG